AUGGAUCACGAUGACGGACUGCCAGAACAAGUCGAAGCUAUCCACACAGAUGGGGAGAUGGAUGGUGAUCGAGAAGAAAUCAUAGCCAGCAAAGUUUCAGCGGACAAGGGCUCAGCGAACGCCAGGGCUACCAAGUUGGCUGCCCGUCGCCUGGCGCAGCACUUCGGGGGGAUUCCCGGAGUCCCGAUUGGGGCUAAAUGGGAGGAUCGCCAAGGUUGUUCUCGUGCUAGCGUGCACCGCCCUCUUAUGGCUGGUAUACAUGGCACUGAAAAAACUGGCGCCUUCUCAAUUGUUGUUUCGUGUCACUACAAAGAUGACAAGGAUCUCGGCGAUACGAUGUACAGGUGUGUAUUUACAACCAGGGCUACACUAUUGUAUGCCAACGUGGUAGCAUCAGGGGGUCGCAAGCGGUGGUCUGAUGGCUGUCCUCCGAAGCGUCUCCGGUUAGGUCCGCAGGUUUUUGAUCAGCAGUGGUCGGACCAAGGAAAUGAAGCACUUGUCACAUCGCGUGACACAGGCAACCCCGUGCGCGUCAUCCGGAGCCACAAAGUGCUUUCCGAUUUUGCGCCUGCCAAAGGCUAUCGGUAUGAUGGUUUGUACACUGUUGAAACCGCAUGGAAAGAGAAAAAUUCCAAAGGUCUGGAUAUCUGCCGCUACAGGUUAGAGAGGGUUCCAGGUCAACCUCCCCUGCUCCGUCGCUCGCUUGGAGAUACCAACCAUGAGCCAUCGCCCGCCUCUGUAGCUACGUCAGACACUGUUGUCUCGCCCUCGCAUACGUUGAUCAGCCGUAAGCGCAAGGCUCAACCAUUUGCACCCACAAUUUGUCCCGAUCCGGCGUCUAAGAAGCGCAAACUCGCCGACCGAGUGCCGCCUCAACCGUCGUCGUCUUCAUCACCCACCGUGCAGCCACAAGUUCUAGUGCCGGUCCUGGGGACUAUUGAAACCCCGCUGCAAAAGCACAAUCAGCGGGUGCAGAAAGAGAUGCAGAAAGAGAAACAGCAACACUUCCCUGAAACGAGCUCUUCCAUGAUGACACCUGCCACCCUUAUAAAACCCAGCAUGUGGUCUAGUCAAUCCCAGUUCAAUCACUUCCUAGCGAGGCCCAUGUGGAGAAUCUCUUACGAUGAGCAUAACGAAGAUGUUGAUUUGUCACUUGAUGACGAAGACGAGGAAGAUAUACUACUUGAAGACCUCGAAACCACGGCUUCCUCAUUUUCAUCUUUCUUGCCCCCCUCGCCCUUCUGA